AUGGUUAGGAGUAAGGUUACGCCAAAAAACGUUUUCUUAAGAAGGGAAAUUUCCGAAGCGGAAAAGAUAUCUCAACAGCAGGAGUACAAAAGAAUUGUGAGCGAUUUACUGGAGCAGUCCACCUCCAAAGAAGCCUCUUUGACCCAUGACGAGAAGGACGAGGAGACCUUUGCUGAAUACGUCGAUGCUUCGACUCCGUUGCAUUCUCCACAUCGAGUCACUACACCUAGCAAGGUGUUUUACUACGACAGCACGUUAAUGGAAGUUGAGGACCUGCAAGCAAAAGUAAGAGACCUGCUACGCGAAAACGCUUUUUUGAAAAAAGAAAACCAGAAACAAAAAACCGAGAUUGCCAGUUUACAGGAGGAAUCGGAAUUGCAGCAGAAAAAGCAUGCUUGGGAUAUGGAGUCGUUGCAGAAAAGCCUGUUGGAGGUGAAGAUGGACCUGAAAAAUAUAGAAGACAAGUUGGCUAAGAUUUUCACUGAUGGUCAAAUCAGCAAAAUGAAAAAAGCUAUGAAAAGGCAAACGUGGACCGAAGAGGAUAUAGCACAGUCCAUAACGCUUUAUGCUGCAUCUCCCAAGGCUUACCGUCUCCUCUAUAAGCAAGACUUUCCGCUUCCAGGUGUCCGAACCUUACAGCGAUAGGCCCAGAAUGUAGACAUCUCCAGAGGUUUGAUCCAGUCGGUAUUCAAAUUGCUGGAAGCCUCUACACAUAUGACUACCAC